AAGAGUUCAUGAACUUAACUUCUGUUUCUGAAAUCGAACACAAAAGCACGCUAAAGGUAAUUUACUUGCCUGCCUCGUCACUUGUGGAGCCCCACAUUGAUGAACCCUUCAUCACAUUAUACCCAGUGAAUACAUUUGAUGAGACAACCACUUGUUCAGAACCACAAACCUCAUCAAUUGACUCGUCCUGUGAUGAUAGACAGUAUGCAUCUGCUCCUCACUCAUCUACAUCUACAGAAACACCUUCAGGUUUGUCCCCAUGGCCCAAAGUUUUUGUGGUCCCCAAGUUUACUUUUAUGAGGCAGAGUUUGAGCUAAGCUUUAAGAAUGCAGCGUUUGAGACCAACGGGACAUACUUUAAUCCUGGCCCAAAGCUGAAAGGAAUCGUUCUUAAUGCACUAGCCCAAGAAAUGGUAAAAUACACAAAAUAUCCCAAAGACUACCAAUGUGAGGAGGUAGCAGCAGCUUUAACUAGGGCCCAUCCUUGUUUGGGGCAGCUGGGUUCCAAGACAGGAUUUUGGGGAUGGAAGCAGUCACUUAAGUACAAGAUGCAAAAUUAUCGCACAAAGCUUUGCAGGCUCGGGCAUCCAGAAGUCUGUGUAAAUUCGUUGCGGAAUAAACGCAAAGGACAAGGCAAACCUGCUGCCAACAUCAAGAAACCAAAAAAGGCUGAGGUCAAUUACAUUCAUUUGCAUCCAAAAGGUGAAUCCACAGAAAGAUUGGAGCAGGAGAGAAUAGCUUUGUUGACAGAAGUGAAAAAGCGUGACAAUGAAGUAGUCAUAAAAGCAAAAAUGGAAAAAACGUUCUCCUACAGGCGUCAGCAGAUUGUAGAGCAAAGGCCCAUGAUAGAGGAGUUCAAGAAUCAAUGGCCUGCUCUUUUUCAGCAGAGUGAAGUGAAUGCUGAGUUUAUGCGGAUCACUACUAAGCCACUGCAAUCAACAUUCCUAUCAGAGCUGGACCGCUUUUCAGACAAACUGAUGCAGAUCUUACAGAGCAGAGGAGGAGUUAAAGGGCAGAAGAUCAAAAAUGCCAUGAUGAUCACAGACUCUUGUGACAACAUUAACAUCAAGAGAGAGUGCAUCCUGAAAGUCCUUAUUCUCUACCUCAAUGAAGAUCCAGACUCUUUCUUUAAGGAUUAUGUGGCCUCAGCCAUUGAGGAUGCAGAAAAGGGCAUUGCAAACACUGUCAUGGGGAUUUACACAAUCCGAGGAGACGGUUCUACAAAACGAGAUGAUGUAGGAAUUGUGAUCGAGGGCAUCAAGGUUAUGAGUAACCUAGACUGUGUGAUUUUGGCAUUCAUCAUGCUGAACGGUCUAAUUUAUGCUCUUGACCUAAGCUUUCCUGACAACCUCAAGAACACCUAUGAGUUUAUCCAGAAAAUCCUAAUGAACUUGGAUGGACAUAAGCUGACCACAAAGAUCCAGCAUCUUAAAAUUAAGCUGUUUGAAUGACAUGUACAUUUGAGGACUGUUGUAAGGUUUGUUAAUGUUUGUCACCUGCAAAUUUACAGAGGUGUUUUAAAUGUUUUAAAAUGUGU